AUAGCACAUAAGAUCUCAUGGAGUAGUAGUAAUAUAAACUAUGGAGAAGAAAUUAGUGAACAAAAAAAUACGAUGAAUAAUUUUAGAAGGGAAAAAUUGGAGAGUCAAAAACACUCGUACAAUCUACGUACUAGUUCCAAUCGAUUAAUGUUAGAGAAUAAUCGAUCAACAAGUGAUCAUGUAGAUGUUGAGAAAUCGGAAUAUUAUUUUUUUGGUCAUGAUGUUAAGGAGAAACAACAUUGUUCAAGAGAAGAAGAAGAAGAUCUAGCGAAUUGUUUAGUUAUGUUAUCGAACAAAUCUUAUGAUUUGUGCGAUAACAAUAACAAGGAGGCCAAAAACAAGGCUAAAGAAGUGGAAAAGGGAAUGUUUCAAUGUAAAGGAUGUAAUAAAAUUUUUAGUUCUCACCAAGCUUUAGGGGGACAUAGAGCGAGUCAUAAGAAAGUUAAAGGGUGUUAUGCUGCAAAACUCAAUGACAAUAUUAAAGAUGAUGACGACAACAACAACGAUGAUGAUGAUAAUGACAUUGAUCAUGAAGACUCAAUGAUCUCUCCUAGUGAUUUGAUUUUGCAUCAAGAAUAUAACGAUUUUCAAUCUCAAUCUCCAACAUCAUCAAACUCAUUUUCAAGAAAGAGAUCAAGGGUUCAUCAAUACUUGAUUUGCCAUAGAGUCUUUUCAUCUGGACAAGCCUUGGGCGGACACAAAAGGUGUCAUUGGCUAACAUCGAGUUUGCCAGAGACUACCUUUAUACCUGCUUUUCAAGAAUUUCAAUAUCACAACCAAGAACAAUUACUAUACAACAAGCCUUUAUUUAUCAACUCUCAUCGACCACUAGACCUAAAUUUUCCAAUACAACUAGGCAAUCCAAUUGAAGUGGGCUUGAAACUACACAAUGAUACAUUUGAACAUGAAGGCCCAAGAAGCCAACUCCAACUAUGGAAAGACGAUAUUAAUCAAAAUCAAAAUCAUAACUACAAAGAUUUUUUGUGUAGGGAUGAAAAUAGGAAAGUCAAAGAAGCAAAAUUGAGUAACCUAAAAGAUGUGAAUUUGGAUAAAUGCUCUUCUUGGUUACAAGUAGGAAUUGGUCCAACUCCUGAUAUUUUAGCAACCCUAUAAAGAUAGAAAUGAAAUGCUAAUCAAAUAUUUAUACCUUUCGUUUCAAUUUAUACAAAAAAUAUUAUGGGA